UUUUUAACAGCUUCACUUACGCUAUUUGGAAUACAGUUCACUUCUUAUGCUAAAGGCAUAAGACACACUCAAGAUUGUUGCCUGUAGGUGAGAAAUGGAUACGUAGUCCCAAGAUCCUAGCAUUCAAAAUCACAGUGAUCUGUGUAGUUUUGUUUCUGUCCAUUGAAGCUCAUCUCAGAAUCUCCUUUAUUUAAAACAUUUCUGAAUAAUGCACUUCUUUAUUCAAGGUCAGCACAAGAUAAAGUUCAUUCCAGAAAUGGUCGGCCCAGUAUUAGAAAUGACACUGAUUCCUGAGACAGAGCUUCGCAAAGCCACCAUCCCCAUCUUCUUCGACAUGAUGCAGUGUGAAUUCCAUUCCACCCGAAGCUUCCAGAUGUUUGAAAAUGAGAUCAUCACCAAGCUGGAUCAUGAAGUGGAAGGAGGUAGAGGCGAUGAGCAGUACAAAGUGUUAUUUGAUAAAAUUCUCUUGGAGCACUGCAGGAAGCACAAGUACCUUGCCAAAACGGGAGAAACUUUUGUAAAGCUCGUGGUGCACCUGAUGGAAAGACUUUUGGAUUACAGAACCAUCAUGCAUGAUGAGAACAAGGAAAAUCGCAUGAGCUGCACUGUCAACGUGCUGAAUUUCUACAAAGAGAUUGAAAGAGAAGAAAUGUAUAUAAGGUAUUUGUACAAGCUCUGUGACCUGCACAAGGAAUGUGAUAACUACACUGAAGCAGCCUACACCUUGCUUCUCCAUGCGAAGCUUCUGAAGUGGUCGGAGGACGUGUGCGCGGCCCACCUCACCCAGCGGGACGGGUACCAGGCGACAACACAGGGACAGCUGAAAGAGCGGCUCUACCAGGAAAUCAUCCACUACUUCGACAAAGGCAAGAUGUGGGAAGAGGCCAUCGCCCUGGGCAAGGAACUGGCUGAACAGUAUGAAAACGAGAUAUUUGAUUAUGAACAACUUAGCGAAUUGCUGAAAAAACAGGCUCAAUUUUAUGAAAACAUCGUCAAGGUGAUAAGACCCAAGCCUGACUAUUUUGCUGUCGGUUACUACGGACAAGGAUUCCCCACGUUCCUUCGGGAGGCCCUGAUAGUCUUAAGACAUCCCUUCACGCCGGUACCAGCAGGAAGGACUUACGUGGUGAGGACCUGUCGUUCUGUAUAGGGACGUCAGCAAGUGGCCCUCGCAGGGCUGACCAGCUCCAGAAG